UUCUCGGCGCUAGUGUGGGUUUUCGUGCGUUCGGAUUUGUGAGUGCUUUUUCAUGUUUGUGUGUAUUUCUGACGCCGUUUUUGUGAGCUGUCUGCUAUCUGAUUAUCUCUCUAAUUUUGGAUUUCAUCACUAAAACUCCUCAAACUGUCGUUCAAAGGCCGGCAGAAUGCUAAAGUUCAUACGAGGCAAGGGCCAGCAGCCCUCAGCUGAAAGACAAAAACUUCAAAACGAACUGUUUGCAUUUCGCAAGACAGUCCAGCACGGCUUCCCACACAGAGCGUCGGCGCUAGCAUGGGACCCGCUUCUCAGGCUAGCGGCGCUCGGCACCGCCACAGGAGCCCUCAAAGUGUACGGCCGCCCCGGCGUCGAGCUCUACGGACAGCACACCAACCCAGACUCGGCCGUCACACAAAUACACUUCAUUCCUGGCACCGGUAGACUAAUAGCACUAUGCGACGACAACAGUCUCCACCUGUGGGAGAUCAACGAGAAGUCCCUGGUGGAGUUAAAGUCACACUCCUUCGAAGGCAAGAACAAGAAGAUAUCUUCCCUCUGCGUGGAGUCUACCGGGAAGAACCUCCUCUUAGGCACAGAGGGAGGGAACAUUUACGCGCUCGAUUUGAACGCCUUCACAGUGAAUGAAGACGUCAUCUAUCAGGAUGUGGUUAUGCAGAACUGUCCAGAAGACUUCAAAGUGAACCCGGGCGCAGUGGAAUCAGUGUGUGAACACCCCAAAGUGCCUUCGCGGUUGCUAAUCGGCUACAACCGAGGGCUGGUGGUGCUAUGGGACCGAGUGGCCGCCUCACCCACACACACUUUCGUCUCCAACCAGCAGUUGGAGAGUUUAUGCUGGAAUGACGAUGGCGAGCACUUCACAUCCUCCCACAACGAUGGGUCGUACGUCACGUGGGAAGUGGCGGCGGCGGCGUCCGACCGGCCGCUCAAGGAACCCGUCAACCCAUACGGCCCGUACCCUUGCAAGGCCAUCUCGAAGAUCCUCACACGGACUAGUGUAGAUGGAGAGGAGAUCGUUAUCUAUUCUGGUGGUAUGCCCAGAGCGUCAUAUUCAGACAAAUACACAGUCACAGUACAACAGGGCGAAAAGCACGUCGCAUUUGAUUUCACAAGUCGUGUUAUAGACUUCUUCACGAGUACACCGGUGCCGCCAGACGGCGUUCCCUUGCAAGAAGAGCGGCCAGACACUCCUGCGCAAAUUCAGCUGCAAACGGUCAACCAAGUUGCCGCAGCUUUGGUUUUGCUCGCAGAAGAGGAACUAGUGGUGAUAGACCUGUGCGAUCCUCGCUGGCGACCAAUGAGGUUGCCUUACCUGGUGUCCAUCCACGCGUCUGCCGUCACUACCGCACAGCUCGUAGACAAUGUGGCUGCUAAUGUGUACGAUAACAUCGUGGCCGCCGGCAACCAGCAGACCGAGAACAUGUAUUCCGAAGGGGCGUGGCCUAUAUCAGGCGGCAUCGUGGAGGGCGGGCCUCCCCCCGCGGAGCGUCAAUUGCUCCUCACGGGGCACGAGGACGGAUCGGUCCGCUUCUGGGACGUAUCCGGCGUGGCCAUGACGCCUCUGUACAAAUACACCACCGCUCAGCUUUUCAGCGGAGAAGAAAUUGGCGAAAACAACGACAGUCAGAACGACGAAGAGGAAUGGCCUCCGUUCCGACGCGUUGGCUCUUUCGACCCCUACAGUGACGACCCGCGGCUUGCUGUUAAAAGGGUGAUCCUCUGCCCGCUGUCGGGCAUGCUGACCAUCGGCGGCGCCGCCGGGCACAUCGUCAUCGCCAGUCUGAAGAACACGCCCAACACGAGUGAAGUUAAGUCAGUGUCGGUGAACAUCGUGUCAGACCGCGACGGCUUUGUUUGGAAAGGCCACGAUCAGCUCACACUCCGCUCCGGUGCUCUAACAUUCCCUCAAGGUUACCAGGCAACAUCAGUAGUGCAACUAUCGCCACCAGCCGCAGUGACGUCACUGGCGGCGCAGUGGGAGUGGGGCGUGGUGUGCGCGGGCACGGCGCACGGGCUCGCGUUGUUGGACGCUAUCUGUGCGGCGCCGUUACUGCACAAGUGCACCUUAAAUCCACACGAUCACUCCGGAGCCGGCGAUACACCAAUCUCGAGAAGGAAAUCGUUCAAGAAAUCUUUGAGGGAGUCAUUCAGACGGCUACGGAAAGGACGCUCACAGCGGCGGCAAACGACUACGUCCAGUCCCACCUCACCAUCACAACCCACCCCCAAAAAGGCCGACAAACCGGCGCCCACGCCCACGGAAGGCGACGUGGAGAUCAAGCCCAUCGAGCGCGCGGUCGAGGCGCGGUCCACAGACGACGCCUUCGGCUCUAUGGUUCGCUGCCUGUACUUCGCGCGCACCUUCCUCAUCAACACACAAAACUCGACGCCGACGUUAUGGGCGGGAACCAACAAUGGCACUGUAUUCGCCUUCACGAUACACGUUCCCAACACCAACAAGAGGAAAGAGGAACCGCUUACGUGUCAACUAGCGAAAGAGAUCCAACUAAAACACAGGGCACCCGUUAUAGGAAUAACAGUAUUGGAUGGAGCGUCAGUGCCACUGCCAGAUCCAUUGGAGGUGGAGCGCGGAGUGUCGCCGCUGCCGGAGCCGGGCACGCACCGCGUGGUGAUCACGUCGGAGGAGCAGUUCAAGGUGUUCACGCUGCCCUCGCUCAAGCCGCACCACAAGUACAAGCUCACCGCGCACGAGGGCGCUAGGGUGCGCCGCACCGCGUUCGCGUGGUUCGAGUGCGGAUCCGAGGGUGGUCGGCACCGCGAGUGGUGCCUGCUGUGCCUCACCAACCUCGGCGACUGCCUCGUGCUCAGCCCCGAGCUGAGGCGCCAGCUCAACGCGGCCGCUGUCCGCAAGGAAGACAUCAAUGGCAUAUCAAGUUUGUGCUUCUCGAAGCGAGGCGAAGCUCUCUAUUUACAUUCAUCGUCAGAGUUACAGCGAAUCACACUCUCUGCAACUAAGGUAACGGUGGCGCAAUGCCACGUUCUGCUGUCGCCGUGGGCGGUGGAGUUAAGAGGGCCAGAGGAGGCGCCCCUGACGAACGGAGACCACAGACAGGAGGAGGUGGCGGAGGCGGCGCAUGACGUCACGGCGGCGUCGGCCGACAUCACCGUGGACUCCGUGCGCGACCACACCGCGCCGCCGCCCGAGCCCGAGCUCAACAUCAACCUGCAGGUACCUCGCAUCUCACACGAGCACGUCUACACUAAGAUACCAUAGCAGGAGGAGGCGGCGCAUGACGUCACGGCGGCGUCGGCCGACGUCACCGUGGACUCCGUGCGCGACCACACCGCGCCGCCGCCCGAGCCCGAGCUCAACAUCAACCUGCAGGUA